UGUAUAAACUAUUGACUGAGAUUUCUUUUUAAAUAGCUGAUAACAUUUUGCAUCCCAAACACCAUUUCAGGCAAACACUGACACUUGACACUACCGAGGCUGGACCAGAGGAGCUGGCUGGGAAGGAUGCAGCAGGAGUUGUGAAAUCAAUGGACAGGAAUUUGAUUUCAGUAGGCAUCGUGGCCCAGAAAGUCAAGAGCAGCUGCACAAAAUGUCCUAAGCUGAUGGAUGUUUGGCGGAAUGUGAAGAGGGAUCUGGAGCCAGGGAAUUUGUCUAAAGCCACUGCCCCUCGCAGCUUCAUCACCCUCAUCCAAAGCCUGAGGAAAGCCAGCACUGCAGACAUCCUGAAGGUGUUGGCCAACUGCAGCAAGACAUCCCUGCCUCAGCUAGUGGAUGCAGUUACAUCUGCUCAAACGCCAGCGUCUCUGGAGGCCAUCUUGGAAUUUCUGGACUUCUCCAAGAAAGAAGGACUGGUUCUUCAGGAGCGUUUCCUGUAUGCUUGUGGCUUUGCCUCUCACCCAAAUGAGAAGAUGCUACAGUCUCUUCUGGAUAUUUCAAAUGGGAAGAUCGGCAGCACUGACAUCAAGGAGUCUGUGGUGAUCAUUAUGGGCGCUUUGGUCAGAAAGCUUUGUCUGAAAGGAGGAUGUGAACUACCGACCGUAGAACGUGUGAAGAAGAUGCUCCUGGACGGUGUAGAGCGCGCUCGGCAGGAGGCUGAGGUCCAGGUGUACCUGCUGGCCCUGAAAAACGCUGUGCUACCCGAGGCCAUCCCACUGCUGACCAGAUACGCAGAGUCUGCAAAGGGAGCCUUUAGCACCAUUGCCAUCACCGCCUUGCAAAGAUACGACACUGCCCUAAUAUCCAAAGAGGUCAAGCUUGCCCUCAGCCGCGUCUACCACCAGAACCGGCGGAUUUACGAGAAGAACAUCAGGGUGGCUGCGGCCGACGUCAUCCUUGGCAGUAAGCCAACAUACGUGGAAGUCCAGAACCUCUUGCUGUCUAUUGGUCACCUCCCACGAGAAAUGAAUAAGUACAUGGUCAUGAAGGUCGAGGACAUCCUCCGCUUUGAAAUGCCUGCCAGCGGCAUCGUUCGUCAGGUCAUGAGGGACAUGAUUUCUCACAACUACGACCGAUUUGCCAAGAUGGGGUCGUCGUCUUCUUAUUCUGGCUACACGGCAAGGACCUCCGAUGUCACGUCCACCUACAGUCUGGACAUCCUGUAUUCCGGUUCCGGAAUCCUGAGGAGGAGCAACAUGAAUAUCUUUGCCCUGAGCAACAGCGCCCUCCUCCAUGGCCUUCAGGUCGCUAUUGAGGCCCAGGGUAUGGAGUCUUUGAUAAGAGCCACUCCUGACGAGGGCGAGGAGAAACUGGAGGCGUUUGCCGGCAUGUCCGCCCUCCUAUUUGACGUCCAGCUCCGACCUGUGACCUUCUUCAAGGGCUACAAUGACCUCAUGUCCAAAAUCUUCUCCGUGUCCGCAGACCCCAUCAGUGUGGUGAGGGGCCUGAUCCUUCUGACAGAUCACUCUCAGGUCAUCCAGCUGCAGUCCGGGCUGAGAGCCAGCGCGGAGUUCCAGGGAGGCCUGGCCAUCGACAUCUCCGGGGGCAUGGAGGUCAGCCUCUGGUACCGCGAGUCCAAGACCAGCAUCAACAACAGGGGAGCGCUGGUGGUGGUCGGCAACAUGACCGUGGACGUCGCAGACUCCGCAGCCAGCGCUGGGAUGGAGGUGAGUUUCGAGACGGAGGCGUCUCUGGACUUCAUCACCACGGUCCAGUUCGCCGACUACCCCUUCAACGUGUGCAUGCAGAUGGAAAAGGCCACCUUCCCUUUCAGAGAGACUGUCACCAGGUACGAGAGGCUGCGGCUGCCUAAGGGAAAGGAGUUCCUCUCUCGUCGCGUCCGGAGCCAGCUGGUACCCGGAUCGGAAUUCCCGCUGCACCAGGCCAACUCUGACAUGUGCAACCGUAUCCAUGGAGAUGGAGAUGAAGAUGGAGAUAGCGAUUGGUGAAGAAGGGGCUCGGGAAGCGGAGGGCUUUGGGUACGGAGCGGAAGCAAUGCCCAGGGAACAAACUCGAUUUUUUUAGAGAGUUUAAGACUUUUGUAAAUUGUGGACACACGAGAUGUGUUUACGGUUUGUGCAACAUUGCGGUAUAUUGGAAUGAUCUCAGCACGUUUUGAAUGUCCACACAUAUAGUAUUUAUUUUUCAUCAAGAUGCCAUCUUACUUUUAUAGCCGCUCAUGAAAUGUUAACAUGGCUCAGACUAUUAAAUCUGCUGUACCAUAUAUUUUGUGACUUUGCUCAGUGGUACAAAUAAAAACGAA